AUGUACACAGUCAUUUUUGGCGUUUUCGCCGUCUGGCUCUCAUACAAGCUCGUCACCCAUCUCCGUCGCCGGGCUCGUUCAACUCUGCUUGCAGGCCCACCCAACCCUAGCUGGCUGCUAGGUGUUGGCCGUUACCUCACAAAGUCUGCCGAUCCUGGGCUGGUAUACGAGCAAUGGGCGAAGGAGUACGGCUCUGUAUACAAGGUUCCUGCGACUAUGGGUUACUCUCGCGUCGUUCUGUGUGACCCGAAGGCGAUCUUGCAUUUCUACUCCCACGAGACGUUCGGGUAUAUGCAGACAGAACUUACCAAGAGGUCUAUCGAGAAUAUUGUUGGAAAGGGAAUCUUAUGGGCUGAAGGUGAAAGUCAUAAAAGGCAGAGGAAGGCCCUGUCGCCUGCCUUCAGUAAUGCAGCCAUCCGCAGGCUGACGCCUGUAUUCUACGACUCUGCAUACAAGACUAAGGCUGCUUGGGACACCUUAAUUCAAUCUGGCUCAGAGGACUGGGCGAUCAUCGAAGUUCAAAAUUGGAUGAAUAAUGUUUCCCUCGACUCUGUCGGUAUCGCUGGUUUUUCGUACGACUUUGGCACAUUGCACGGAAAGUAUUCGGCUGUCGCAGAUUCCUUUGCGUCGUUUGGCACGCUAAAGCCUACCCUCCUUGGUGCUGUGACGUUCAUCGUUGGACUUGCGCUUCCCAUCCUGACAAAGAUUCCCACCGACUUUCGUAUCCUUGUCAAACGGCUUAACGCAAGCAUGGGAGAGAUUGCGGACGAAUUGCUCGCGAAUAUGCGCAAGGAGAGCGAGGGAGAGGUUAAGACGGAGGACAAGAGUAUCAUCGGACUGCUAAUCAAGGCAGAAGGCAGUGAUGCCGAACUACGUUUGUCACAGGAAGAAGUGAUGGCACAGAUGAAGACGCUCAUUCUCGCUGGAUACGAGACGACGUCUGUCAGCCUGACGUGGGCGCUCAUUGAACUCUGCAAGAAGCCCGAACUGCAGACGAAGCUGCGCGAAGAACUUUUGCAAUUCUCUAGCAACGAUCCGUCAUGGGAUCAGCUAAUCAACAACCUCCCGUUCCUCGAUGCCGUGUUCCAUGAGGUUUUGCGUCUCCACCCUCCGGUUGGUGAGACCACUCGCAUGGCAUCCUCAGACGACAUCAUCCCGCUCUCGACCCCGCUUCGGACACCUUCUGGCACGAUCGUCGACCGUAUCGCAAUUCCAAAGGGCCAGGUGGUUACGGUCCCAAUCCACAGCAUGAACCGCUCGUGUGAGUUUUGGGGCGCGGAUGCGAAGGAGUUCGAUCCAGAGCGAUGGUUACGCCCAGAUGGCCUACCCAAGCGCGCACAGGAGAUCCAGGGACAUAAACAUUUGCUCUCUUUCGUCGAUGGUCCACGGAUCUGUCUUGGGCGCGGAUUUGCGCAGGCCGAAUUCAAAGCGGUGUUGUCUGUCCUUAUCCGCAACUAUGUAUUCGAGUUCAGAGAUGGCCCUGAUACCAAGAUCGAAAUCGUGAGAGGCAUUCUCCCUCGUCCUGCCAUUGCGGGGGAGACGGGCGCGCGGAUUCCAUUGCGCGUUCGACGGGUAGAGUGA